AUGCUAGAACAGAGAGGAAAGCAAAGCGUCCUUUAUAUAUCAUUUGGAUCGACUUUCAGUACUGUGGUCGGUAUCGCUGCUGAUACGCUCUGGGCAUGGAUCGAUGUCGUCUUGGAUAUGAACAUCGCAGUCAUCGUGGCGUAUCCACCUCAGAAUGCACCAUUACCAACUGAUCUGCAGGUGAAGGUUGAUACAUCGAAAGUAGCCUUGAUCUGCCAGUAUGCUCCCCAACAAUAUAUCCUUUCUCAUGCCGCUACUAGCUGGUUUCUGACUCACAACGGGCUCAGUGGUACCGUAGAGGCGUUACAGGCUGGAAUUCCCAUGAUAUCAUGGCCGAUUUGUGCAGACCAGCCUGUUUAUGCCAUGCUCAGCUCCCUGGUGUUGAAAGUCGGAUACGAAUUACACGAAGUUCGACGCGGACAUGGACUGAGGUACCGACCAAGCUAUGAUAAAACCCCCGCUGGUACAAUAGAAGCAAUUCGUCAGGAGGCUCGUGAUAUACUCAACAAGGCGUUCUUUGACGAGAGGGAGAGGGAGAGGAAGAAAAAGCGCAGUGCAGCUGAAGCAGUACAGACCUCACUCGGAAAAGCAUGGCAAGAAGGCCAGCCCGCUAGAGAGGCUAUGAAUCGUUUUGUGGCGUCCUUCCUGUCGUAA